AUGCGAUUAUUAAGUGCUAUCAAACGCCGGUCGGUGGCUUCGCCUUUCCACACCGCAAGCUUGUGUCCACCUCUUCUUCCGCUUCUUUCCGAUCUGUGGGUGGGGCGUCGAUUAGGGUUGUCGGUAGAGGAAUAAUCGGUACCAGGUUCUUCGAGGGGAAACAUAUUCGGAGGGUGAUCGAUCAUGGACCCCGAUGCGUGGAGCCGAUUCUCCGCGGCCGCGUCCAAGCGCCAUCAAUCCGCGCCCCAGUCACGAUACUCCGAUGCGUCUAGGGAUCCCAAUCUUCGCGGUUGGAGAGAUUUGUAUCUCGGGUUCGAGGAGUUCGAAGGAGGAGAAGAUGACCCCCGCGCGGAGUUCCCCUGCCCAUUCUGCUCUGAGGAUUUCGACAUCGUCGGACUCUGCUGCCACAUCGAUGAUGAGCACCCUGUGGAGGCUAAGAAUGGGGUAUGUCCUGUUUGUGCAGCCAGGGUUGGGUUUGACUUGGUUAGACACUUAACAACGCAACAUGGGAGCUUUUUCAAGAUGCAACGAAGGAGGAAAUACCGCAAAGGAUCAUCUGUUUCUCGUACCAUGCUUUCUCUGUUGAGAAAAGACCUAAGAGAAGGCAAUCUGCAAGCCCUCCUAGGAGGAUCUUCCUACAUUGCUCCUCCUCCUCCUAUGGCAGCACCUGAUCCAUUUAUAUCAUCUCUAAUAUACACAUUGCCUUUGGAUGAAUCUUCCAAAGAUGCACAAUCAGAUUCAUUAGAUGAAGGAAACAUUGUCAGCAAGAAUUCAGAGGAGAUAGUGGUUGAGAGGAUUGAACCAUCUCUAUCUGACAAGGACCAGAUGGAGAGAGCUCGAAGGAGCCAAUUCGUACAAGGGCUUGUGCUUUCCACAAUCUUCGACGACACAUUGUGAGCCAUGUCCAAUGUUUGCCAUAAUGCUGGGGGAUAACAGGAGCGCAUCGGCGGUAUCAUUAUUCUUGUUCUUCAAGUGGUCAUUCCUUGGUAUAUAAUUAGAAACCGUAUGUUUAAAUUGGUAUUACUAGAGAGAGAGAGAGAGAGAGAGAAGCAUAAAUUGUGUUCUGGAUGUAACGUUAGUACUAUUAUCCCUAAAAAGACAUGUUCCUCACAGUGAAUGUUCAAACUA